AGGGAGGGGCCGCUUGGAGGCUAGGCCUCCCGGGUGGUGUGGGUUCGUGAGACUCCUUCCCUUGGAGAUCCUGUCCCAUGGCGUUGCAGGGCAUCCGGGUGCUGGAGCUGGCCGGCCUGGCCCCAGGCCCCUUCUGCGGCAUGGUCCUGGCGGACUUCGGGGCCCGCGUGGUGCGUGUGGACCCUCCGCGCGCCAGAGGGGACGUGAGCUUCUUGGGCCGGGGCAAGCGCUCGCUGGCGGUGGACCUGAAGCGGCCGGAGGGGGCGGCCUUGCUGCGGCGCCUGUGCCGCCAGGCGGACGUGGUGCUGGAGCCCUUCCGCCACGGCGUCAUGGAAAAACUCCAGCUAGGCCCGGAGAUUCUGCAGAGGGAGAAUCCGAAGCUCAUCUAUGCCAGGUUGACUGGAUUUGGCCAGUCGGGAAGAUUCUCCAGGGUGGCAGGCCAUGACAUCAACUAUUUGGCUUUGUCAGGUGUUCUGUCAAAGAUCGGCAGAAGUGGGGAGAACCCGUAUGCACCGCUGAACCUCCUGGCUGACUUCGGUGGUGGUAGCCUCAUGUGCACACUGGGCAUCUUGGUGGCUCUGUUUGAACGCAUGCGCUCUGGCAAAGGGCAGGUCAUCGAUGCCAGCAUGGUGGAAGGAACAGCGUACCUCAGUACUUUCCUGUGGAACUCUCAACAAACAGGACUGUGGGAACGACCCCGAGGUCAGAACAUGCUAGAUGGUGGAGCACCUUUCUACACAACUUACAGGACCGCAGAUGGGGGUUUCAUGGCUGUCGGAGCAAUUGAACCCAAGUUCUACAAGCUGCUAAUCAAAGGACUUGGGCUAAAGUCUGAUGAGCUUCCUAAUCAGAUGAGCAUGAAUGAUUGGCCAGAAAUGAAGAAGAGAUUUGCUGAUAUAUUUGCAGAGAAGACCAGAGAUGAGUGGUGUCAGAUCUUCAAUGGCACAGAUGCGUGUGUGACUCCAGUUCUGACCUUUGAAGAGGUUACCCAGCAUGAUCAUAACAAAGAACGGGGCUCAUUUAUCUACGAUGAGGACCAGGGUGUGAGUCCCUGCCCUGCACCUCGGCUGUCAGACACCCCAGCUCUCCCUUCUUCCAAAAGGGGUCCUUUCAUCGGAGAACAUACUGAAGAGGUACUUAAAGAGUUUGGGUUCAGUCAGGCAGAGAUCAAUCAGCUUACCUUAGAUAAAGUUAUUGCAAUUAACAAGCCAAGAGCUAGUCUCUAAAUUUCAGGCCUCACAGCUCAAGUGAGUUGAAUACUGCAUGUUCAGUAUAGAAUAACACCUAAAAUUGUAUGUAUGGAAACUACAAAGGAACAGUAUCAUGAUGGAGCAGCUCUUCUAGUCAAGAAACAAGACUUAGGACACAGUAAUGAUUGAGUUCUGAAAAUGGUUAAUAUCACAACUCUUGAUUUAGGAAUGGUUUCAGUUUACUACCUAAUUGUGGCAGUUUUUCUGAUUUUCAAUUUACUUGAUAGAUUAUAUUUUUAAUAUUAAAUUAAUAAUGUAUUUUAAAUGAAUGAAUAUAAUGCUUUUAAUUAAAUAAAGCCUUCCCCCCACAAAGUUUA